AUGAAGAGGCUAUCAAUUGCACCUCCGACAUCGAGGAGGAAGUCGGGCGCUGCAUCACUGGAAGACUACAAUGCAAGGAAAGUUUUGGAGCAGUUGGACCAGGACACCACUUUGGUUCUUCAAGAUAUAGACAAGAAUAUCUCACGAGCAAACGCGAUUAUAAAUGACAAGUUGAAGCCGGUUAUCCAAGAUUAUGGAGUCGAGAGCUGGAAGGUGUGGCAUAAUUCUGGAUUUUGGAAGAAAUUCUUUGAGCAAUCAGCCAAUGUUGUGUUGAACAGUUUUGAAACACCAAUAAAUGAAAUGCAAUCAAGCUCCAACUUUUUAAGUGAGGUGGAAGAAGAGGGAAUCAAUGAACAGCAACCAAAGACGUUUACGUCAUUGGAUAUGAAGCGACCCGAUUUGAAGCAUGUUGUAGACGAAGAUACGGCUACCUGGUCAACAGAGCAGCACAAUCCUGAUAGACAAUUGUCAGCCUCCACACCACAAAGAGGUCAAACACAACAACAGAGAUCGAGAUUUGCGGCAGCACCAAAGAUGGCAAAAUUACCCGAUAGCAUCAAUUUAGAACCACCCACGUCUCAUGAUACGAGGUUGUCACCAACGAGGCGUCAUCUGAAAGCUUCGCCAACCAGAGUUCAAAUAAUACGUCAGUCUCUUGAUGCCUUUCAUAGGAUCUCGAUAUCUCCUCGCAAGCAGAGAACUCCAAUUGCAAGAAGAAGCUCAGCAAUUGAAAACAUUCUCAACUCUUCACCGACAUUGCCUGAACCCCCGGUGUUGCAGUCUGAAAUUGGAAGCGAAGCUUCAAGAAUUCAUAGUCAACAUACACCAGGGCCGAGUUCUGAUCAUGAGGGCCAUUUACAAAGAUUCCCAAACACUCCCAAGUAUUCUGCAUCGCGGUAUAGUAACUCAUUGACCAAUACGCCACUAGCAGUCCUUGAAGUUGAUGAGGGUGACAACGAUUUGCAACCACCGAAAUUAGAGAGUGAAACAAGUCAAAAAAGCCCCGCUGGAGUUGUAGACAGUGAAUCAAGUGAAGAGGUGUUACCCGAAUUGAACACCAUCGAAUUAAAGAGCGGAAGGAAAAGGUCGCAAACGCCGCCUGUGGGGAGUUCAAGCAAAAGAAGAGUUACGCCAAAAAGAUCAAGUGAUCGUCGCGAAACACUUGAAGAGGAAAACGUCUUUUUAGAUAAAUCACGGAGACGUACACGCGAGUCAGAUGUCAACCCUACUUAUAACGAAGACAAGAGCGACCAUUCACGAUCGAUCUCUCAAAUUUAUGCUGAGGGUAUCUCGAAGUUGAAAGAUGACGAUGAUGGUUCUAAUGCUGGUGAUCAUGCAGAUGUCAAAGAAGUGUUACAUGAAGUCACUGCUGAUAUCACCCAAGGUGGAACAAGAGAAGUUACGGAAACCUUGACUGGUGAUUUGGGUCCUUUUCAAAAGCGUUGGAGGAAUCUUUCUAAAGAAAAAUAUUGA